AUGUCAGCAAUAGCUCUUCGACAACAACAAAGUGUUAGAAGAUUGUUAACAACAACAGAAGAAGAAGAUGAAGAAGAGGAGGAUGAAGAUGAUGAUGACGAGGAAGAGGAAACUAGCAGCAAUUCUAUGCCUUUAAACAAUACAACAACUAAUGCGUGUGGGGAUGGAAGGAGGAGGGAGAUACAGGGAGAUACAAAAAAAAUGUCUUCCUUCGAAUAUAACAACACUUCCCGAUCCGAAAAUAAUUCAAAAACUGUAGCCUCAGCUUAUAUGGCUAUGAAACAAUCAAAUAAUUAUUCAAAAUCUUCUUCUACUCCGCAUGGAUUAAUAAAUAUAGGCAAAAUAUUUUUUUCAAAAUAA